GAACAGUUCAAUGAUGGGGCGACUAAAGUUGAGUCAAGUUAUUGCUCUGGUUAGCAGCGAGGAGAGAGCAUAGUGCGAUUCAGGAGAUUCAGAUUUGGAUACGGUUUCAGUGAAAAUUGUAGGGUGUUGGAGAAAGAACAGCAAUUACAUUCAGAUGUGAGAUCUGUGAUUAUCUAAAGAAGCAAGCUGCUAUGUCACAGCCGUUCCAGCAACAAGCUUUGUUGCAACCAUCCAUUUGAAACUUCCGCUCUGAAUAAUAAUGUCUUGCUUCAGUUGGUGGAGGGUAGAGAAAUUGUACUUUCUGUUCUUCUCCCGGCUUAGCACUAAUAGUUUGUCAUAUCCGCCUAGAACCGAUUACUUACACAAGUCCCAGCAGGUUAGCAGAUUUUUCAUCAUUCAGCGUUAACACCCACCCUCUUCCUCUACUAUAGCUAUAAAUAUGGAAGAAGAUGUCCCUGGAGGCAGAGAGACAACAGCAAUUGUCAGCCAAGAUGAUUCUGAACUUGCAGAAUGAAGCCUUUUGUUCUUACGUUUUCUACUCCGUGCUCCUGCUCCUGAAGAUGUUCGCCGUGGCAAUACUCACGGGGCAGCUCAGGCUUCGCAAAAAGGCUUUUGCCAAUCCCGAAGACUCCUUGAGACACGGAGGCUUGAAGUUUUGCCGGACCGAUGCAAACGUGGAGCGCUGUCGGAGAGCUCACCGUAAUGACAUGGAGUGCAUCUACCCGUUCCUUUUCCUGGGUGUCAUGUACUGCCUGUUGGAACCCAGCCCAACCAUUGCGAGGAUCCACUUCCGCAUUUUCUUCCUGGCCAGGGCGGUCCACAGUGUGGCCUACCUGUUUGCCCUGAAGGCUCCCACCAGGUCACUGGCCUACACCAUCGGACAAAUACCCUGCUUCUCCAUGGCCCUGAAGAUUUUGAUCAACCUUGCCUCCUACUGGUGACAGGCAGGAGCAUGGAGCAUUCCCAGGUGGUGUUCAGCAUGCUACUGGCCAAGAGGAAUGUUUAGGCUCCUUCAGCUCCUCCUUUGAGGUCUGAGUACUUGACUGAUGAGUCAAACACUAAACUCAAAGACCUUUCCAAUGGGUUACAGGACCCACUUCAUGAUUAUACUGGGAGUUUUGUAUGUGAUUGUAUCUUGCAGGCUGGACGUUGAUGCUUUCUAUGUUUCAAUAGAGACCUCAAUUCACAUUUGAUUGUACAACCUAGAAACAGGCCAUUCAGCCCACCAGUCUGCUAGCCAUCAAGUACCCAAGUAGUCCAUUUUCCAGUAAUCAGCUUGCUGUUUCAAGUGUUUAUAUAAGCUUUGAGGGCAUCUCUGCCUUCAUCUCCCCUCAGUUGGAGUGCUCCAGAAUUCAACCACCCACCAGGUGGCAAAGGUUUUCUUCAAGAGUAGUCAGACAGCAUUUUUCCCAAGGUUGAACUGUGUUUAAGGCGAGAGGGGAUAAUUUUAAACAAGUUGUUAGAGGCAAGCUUAUUUACACAGGAUGAGGUGGGUGAUUGGACUGCACUGCUUGGGGUGGUGGUAUAGCCAAAUACAUUGGGGACUUUUAAAAAUUGUAUAGAUAGGCACCUGAAAGCGAGUGAGAAUGGAGGGUAAUGAAAAUUGUGUGGGCAGGAGGGAUUAGUUUAGUUGACCAUUUGGCUAUAUAUUUAUUUGGCUCAGCACAAUAUUGUUCCUAUCCCGUACUGUUCUAUAUUCAUCUUCAAGGUCCUCUCUAUGCCUCCUUGCCCUAAACCAAUUACUUCUGGUGAUAAGGGCCACAGCUCAGGGAAAUAGUCCUCACUAUCCUGUCCAUAACCCUGAUAAAUGUUCAUCCGUCCAACAAAUCCCAACCACCUGUCUCUUCCACCCUGAGGAGGGAAAAAAAACAAACACAACCUAGCCAGUGCAAGUCUAAACGAAGACUGUGGAUGCUGGAGAUCUGGAGCAGAAUCAGAAAAUGCUGGAAAAUACUCAGCAGGUUAGGCUGCAUCUAUGGGAAGAGAAACAGUGUCAAUGUCUUAGAUUGAUCGUGCUGGGUUUUGAUCAAGGUACCCAUCGGCUGCCUCCUCCCAGCCAACCCCGUCUGUCCUCAUAACUGUAACAUUCCAUCCCUGGCAACUUCUACUGGAUCUCCAGUGCAGCUCGUUCUUGGGGUUCUCAGUAGCAAGGAUAUUUUUAUAUAACCUUCUACCUUCAAAAAAUAAGCUCACAUUUUUGCUGUUUUCUCAGAGGUGGAGAAGUUUAAGGAGGGAUUUAUAAUUCUCGGUGAGCAACUAGCUGAAGACGCGGGGCAGUUGAUACAUACUGGGCAACAGGAGAAUAUAAAUAAGUGGAUAUUUAACCCUCCCCCUUUGGUUUCAUUGUUUAUUUUCUUGAUAUGGCUGUCCAACUCAAUGGAGAUCAUGCCCCGUUGUAGCACAGCCCACAGGAACCUGAACUGAGAAUCCCAGAUAAUCUGGAAAAAGAAACAAUGGAGCUGUUGUAGUCAACAACUUCAAUGCUUCCUGAUUCCUAAAGAUAGGAACACAAGAGCUGGGUGGAAUUAGCACCGAAAAAACCUAGUAAAUUGGUUCUUUCCAGCCCAGCAGGAAAUAAGUUCACUUGUAGUCACGACAGGCACCGCAGUCACUGUGCUGCAACUGUAUUAAGUUAAUGCUAUUAUGUUAUUGAGUUUUUGUUAAACACAAUGUCUCUGUGUCAUUCCAGAAAUAUUUGAUAUUAUUUAUUGCUAUUAAUAUUUUAUUUGCAAAGUUCGACUAUACAAUGUAGUAAGAUUGUAUUAUUAUGUUUUUAAUAAUUAAUAAAUUAAGUUUUGGAAACUAUUAA